UGUUACGUCACGGUGACCACACCCAAACCCGGAAGUGUCGGCCGGUGAACCGCUGCGGUGGAGUGGAGCAACUGCGUGACGUGCGGGAUCGACCAAUGGCGUUUCUCUGGUGACCGUCUGUGAACACACGUGCGACACUGGUGAUGUCACCGUGACGCAGCAGCGGGUCGGUUAGCUCCUGUUGUUGUUGUUGUUGUUGUUGUUGACAGUCCGGACCACGCAGACUUAAGCUAACGUCACAGUCGAGCUAACAGACGUCGAUCCUCGGAGCUAAAGGCUACAAGACUCAAAAAAAACCAUGCCAAAGGAGGACGAUCACCACGAGGGAGGAGGAGACGAGGGGUCGAAGGAGGAAGGGGCCGAGGAGACGGUGAGGAAGAGAGUGCGGGAAAAUUCCCCCAGCGGUCACACUCCACAAGCGAGCACGCCUCAGUUCGUCUCAGUGGAGGAGCUGAUGGAGACGGCCAAAGGUGUCUCCAACAUGACUUUGGCUCAUGAAAUAAUGGUCGACCAGGCGUUUCAAGUCAAACCUGUAGUGCAUCCUGAAGGAAGUUGGGAGCGUAGAUUUAAGGAGGUUAUGCACAAAGCAUUCUGGGAUACCUUAGACAAGCAGUUGAAGGAGGAUCCACCAUCGUACCAACACGCCAUCAAACUACUCGCUGAAAUCAAAGAGAUUCUUCUGUCUUUGUUUCUCCCGAACCACGGUCGCCUGCGCUCCAGCAUCAACGAGGUCCUGGACCUGCCCCUGAUCCAGCAGCAGGCGGAGAAUGGAGCUCUUAACAUCGAUAAACUGUCCAAGUUCAUCAUUGAGAUAAUGGGCUCACUGUGCGCCCCCUGCAGAGACCUGGACAUCAACAAGCUGAAGGAGAUCACCGAUAUUGUGCCGCUGUUCAAGGCAAUAUUCUCAGUUCUGGACCUGAUGAAGGUCGACAUGGCAAACUUCGCCCUGAGCAGCAUCAGGCCUCAUUUGAUGCAACAGUCUGUUGAGUAUGAGAGGAGCAAAUUCCAGGAGUUUCUGGAGAAACAACCAAAUGCCUUAGACUACACUGAGAAGUGGCUGCAGGACACAGUGAAUCACCUGAGAGAGGCUGACCAGGACAGUCCCAGUGCUGCCUCCUCCAACCCUCCCUCUCUCCUCCCCCUUAGUGUCCAUAAUCAAGCCUAUCUACGCCUGCUGAAGUGGGAUCACGCCUCCGACCCCUUCCCAGAGACAGUGUUGAUGGAUCAGGUUCGAUUCCAGGAGAUGCAGCAGAAGGCUGAUCGGUUAGUUCUGCUCUCCUCUGUGCUCCUCAUCGUCUACACCACAACAGGGGAGGCCAUCUCAGGCCUGCCGGGGCUGAUGGACACUCUUAAAACCACCGUCAACGUCAUGCUCACAGACAUGCACAAAGAGUCUUUCAGUGCACAGGAGGCCUUAGCCACCAUCGGAGAGAAACUGUGUGUUGAGCUAAGUCAGUGUCUAAGCCAACAUGGCUACUCUCCUUUCUCCGCUGACCGAAAGAGCAUUCUGAAGGGACAGAUCUCAGCCACCAUCCAGCCAGACAACACAGUCCGCAAGCUGAUGGACUCACGGGUUCAGACCUACCUCCUGGCUUCCCUGGAGUCCAGUCAACAUAAGGCCCUUCCUCAUCUCCCAGGAGGCCUGGCUCCGCUCAGCAGGGAGCUGAAGGAGCUGGCUGUCCAGUUCAGUUGCCUUGUCAACUUCAACAAGCUGGUCUUCUCCCCGUUCUACCAAAAGAUUCUCCAGAAUAUACUGACACCCAGCACAGAGACGGAAACCCAGCAAAGUGCUGAUGCGGAAGCCCGGGUUUAGUUUUGCAGUUUCUCCCUCACAAGUAAUAUUUCAAGAGAAGAGUUGAUGAAGCUGAAGGCUCCCCAGAGGCUACACCUCAAACUGACGUGUUUAAAAAUUACUGGCCACCAUUUCUGCUGCAUUUACUCACAGUAUUGCUUAUUUUACAAAUCUCCGUAUAAAACAACAAAAACAUCUAAGUAAUUCAAUAUUAGGGUUACAAGUCAAGAGCUUUAUUUAGUACGUUUUUCAGUAGGAAAUCAAUAUUCACUGAUCAAUAAGUUAUCUAUCUAGUUAUCUAUGUUCAUAACCCAGGACACCGCCUCGAGCCAAUAUUUAGUUCCUGAGCUUUGUGCUCACACAGAAACGUGUUUAUAUACACUGCCUGGCCAAAAUAAACAAAAAAAGUCACCACCUGGAUUCAGGCAGAUGAAGUAAUGCAGCCAUCAGGCCUAGUUCCCACUGUGGCCUGUGGGGGCAGUGCUGUGAUCUGGGGUGGCUGCAGUUGGUCAGGUCUAGGUUCAGCAACAUUAUUAAAGAAUGAGGUGAGCUGACCACCUGGAUAUACUGAAUGACCAGGUUAUUCCAUCAGUGGAUUUUUUCUUCCCUGAUAUUAUAAGAUGACAGAGCCAGGAUUCAUGGUGGCAUUUGGUGGCAGUGUAUAAAAACUAACUUGAAAGGAGAAUGCACGCACCUGUACGACAAUGUCAUCUAUGUCCCAAGUUGCUGAAGCAUUUGUUGUUGAACCAGGCAUAGUUUAAAACCCUGUUGACCUUUUGAACUGCAUGUUGAAAGCCUCUCCGAGGGUCUGAACAUCGGUGCUGGCUCAUAGGGAAUUAAAAGAUUUGCUGUGCAGCAAGGGCCAAUACCACACAGUGUCUAAAUGUUAUCAUGACAUUCAUCCAAAGCCAGGCUAUAAACGAAUAGAGUGGUAGGCACGAGCUUUAACCUUUUUCAAAUUCCUCAAACAGAAAUAGGAACAUGAAGGGUGUGUGGACCUUUUUAUAUCCGCUGGAUGUAAAUGAAUAAGGUACUUUAAAGUAAACGUGAGGAGACCAGAAUAAAUUCAGCUGAAGUGAAAACAGACGUGUUGUGAACCGGCUUGAAGCGUUACUUAGCUUUUAAAAAUGUACUUCCCUCGUACAUGCAUCUAUCGUCUCUGGUAGUGUAUGAGACAUUUAGGAUAUUCAUUUAUUGACAUACACGUCGCUUUGCCUGUGGGUCUGACACAUUUUAGUGCAUAUUUUAAUUUUUUUAACUGACAGUGCUACUGAAACAUGUUUGGAUCACUUUGUGAUGUCGGCACAUUAGGACAAAGUAAUGUGUUAGGGUGAGCAUUCCUGUUUACGUGCUUGCUUGUCUGCAAAAAUUUAACAGGUGUAAAAAUGCAAAGUGCAACAACAUGCAGAAAACAGACACUAUAGAAAACGUGCUCAGUUUAGAGCCGGAUGUUUUUUUUUUUUAGAUAAAGU